AUGGGAAGCUUAGCUUUCCGUUUACAUGGGAAUGAAGGUAUCAGCAAAGGCUCACUCACUUGGGAAGUAAGAAGUAGCAUUGCCUAUGGGGUUGCCCGUCCUAUUGAAUUUCUCCAUUCCGGAGGCUCGAAUUUCUGCCAUGGAAACAUAAGAUCAUCCAAUGUUUUCCUCACCGAUUUCUCAUCAGGUGUUUGUCUAUCUGAGUCUUCCAUUGCACGAAUUCUCUCACCCGAUACAAAACUAGAGCUCACGGCUGGUUAUCGUGCACCAGAAGUGACAAAUGCUUAUAUAGUCUCACAAAAGUCUGAUAUCUAUAGCUUUGGUGUCUUUCUCUUGGAACUAUUAACCGGUAAGGCUCCAUUAGAUGCAUUUACCAAGAACAAAGGAGUAGAUUUACCUAAGUUCAUCAGUUGCAUGUUUCAAGAGAAGCCUAUCCUUGAUGUUUUCGAUACUAUGAUACCUGAACAUGACCAGAAUAAUGUUGAGCAAAUGGUCCAAUUGUUACAGCUUGUAGUUUGCUGUACUUUUCAGUAUCCAGAUAAAAGACCUUCAAUGGCUGCAGUGACAAACCAGAUAAGGGAUACCUGCAGUGACAGACCUUCAUUGUUGACGGGCAAUAUACAAAAAGAACAUCUGUUCCCGCAUUAG